CUUCUGCUCACAAACUUUAUUAAAGACAGAAUGGAGGAAGAUCAAAUACCUGGCACAGAAAAUAUCGAAAAGCUCAUAGAACCAGAUACUCCUAUUGGACCACCUAUAGACCCUUCCUUAGAGGUUCAAAUUGGAAAAGCUUUAAAAUCUAUAGGAGAUGAAUUAGAUAAGGAUGAAAAUAUGCAUAAUUUGAUAGCCAAAGUUCCACCAAGAACAGAAUGUAAAACAUUCAUGAAAGUUGCAGGAGAUAUUUUUAGUGAUGGCGUCAUUAAUUGGGGAAGAAUAGUGGCACUGUUUUAUUUUGCUUUCAGAAUGAUUUUAAAAUCUUUGAAUCGUAUUCCCAUUAUCAAUGCUACGAUUAAUUUUGUGGUGGAUUAUAUUCGUGAUCAUGUUGCUUCAUGGAUAAUUGGGCGUGGAGGAUGGGAAGCCAUUGUUGAACAUUUUGGAACACCAACCAAACAGGCUUUCAUUGUUUUAGGAACUGGAAUCCUUUUAAGUGCAGCUAUUUAUAUUACUAAACGU